GGCGGGUGCAGCCAUCACCGCCCCUAACCCGGCACCCGGGCAGCUGCAGGGGCAGAUACCCUAAGGCACUUCCUACCCGCUGAGGCUUCGGGACAGGAGCUUGAACCCACUGACGUAGUCUCGGCCCUGCAUCUUGCUGCUCCAGGCAACCUGUCUGACUAGGGGCUGGCCCUUCGCUGCAUCUCGGGACUCACACUCAUACCGCUCCAGGGAUCCUGCAGCCUCUUGCUAGGGCGAGCACCGCGGUGUGAGCUGGAGAAGAAACAUGAAGGUCAGCUGGCCAGGUGAGAACCACUGGCAGGUGGGCCCAGCUGUGGUGGAGAGUCCAGCUGUGGGGGCACCGCAGGUGGGAGGUCUCCCGGACGUGGUUCCGGAGGGCACGCUGCUCAAUAUGGUGUUGAAGAGAAUGCACCGUCCCCGCUGCUGCUCUUACCAGCUAGUGUUCGAGCACCGGCGCCCCAGCUGCAUCCAGGGACUCCGCUGGACACCACUUACCAACAGCGAGGACUCCCUGGAUUUCAGAGUGAGUCUGGAGCAGGCCACCACAGAGCAUGUGCACAAGGCAGGGAAGCUCCUGCACCGCCAUCUCUUGGCCACGUACCCUACCCUCAUCCGAGACAGAAAAUACCAUCUGCGACUAUAUCGGCAUUGCUGCUCUGGCCGGGAGCUAGUGGAUGGGAUCUUGGCUCUGGGGCUUGGGGUCCACUCACGGAGCCAAGCCGUGGGCAUCUGCCAAGUGUUGCUGGAUGAGGGUGCCCUUUGUCAUGUAAAACAUGACUGGACCUUCCAGGACCGAGAUGCCCAAUUCUACAGGUUCCCUGGACCGGAGCCCGAGCCUACAGGAACUCAAGAUGUGGAAGAGGAGCUUGUUGAGGCUAUGGCCCUCCUGUCCCAGCGAGGGCCUGAUGCCCUACUCACCGUGGCGCUCCGGAAGCCCCCAGGUCAGCGUACGGAUGAAGAACUGGACCUGAUCUUUGAAGAGCUGCUGCAUAUCAAGGCGGUGGCACACCUUUCUAACUCGGUGAAGCGGGAACUAGCUGCUGUUCUGCUCUUUGAACCACACAGCAAGGCAGGAACUGUGUUGUUCAGCCAGGGGGACAAGGGUACCUCGUGGUACAUUAUCUGGAAGGGAUCUGUCAAUGUGGUGACCCAUGGCAAGGGGCUGGUGACCACGUUGCACGAGGGAGAUGACUUUGGACAGCUGGCUCUGGUGAACGACGCACCUCGGGCAGCCACCAUCAUCCUUCGAGAAAAUAACUGUCACUUUCUGCGUGUGGACAAGCAGGACUUCAACCGCAUCAUCAAGGAUGUGGAAGCAAAAACCAUGAGACUGGAAGAACACGGCAAAGUGGUCUUAGUUCUGGAGAGAACCUCUCAGGGUGCUGGCCCUUCCCGUCCCCCGACCCCAGGCAGGAACCGGUAUACGGUCAUGUCUGGCACCCCAGAGAAAAUCCUAGAACUGCUGUUGGAGGCUAUGAGACCGGAUUCCAGUGCUCAUGACCCAACAGAGACGUUCCUCAGUGACUUCCUGCUGACCCACAGUGUCUUCAUGCCCAGCACCCAGCUCUUCACUGCCCUCCUGCACCACUUCCACGUGGAGCCAGCAGACCCUGCUGGAGGCAGCGAGCAGGAGCACAGCACCUACAUCUGCAACAAGAGGCAGCAGAUCCUGCGGCUAGUUGGCCGAUGGGUGGCCCUGUAUAGCCCGAUGCUCCACUCGGAUCCCGUGGCCACCAGCUUCCUCCAGAAACUCUCAGACCUGGUGAGCAGAGAUGCCCGACUUAGCAACUUGCUGAGGGAACAGUAUCCAGAGAGACGGCGACACCACAGGUUGGAAAAUGGCUGUGGGAACGUAUCUCCUCAGACCAAGGCCCGGAAUGCACCUGUUUGGCUCCCUAACCAGGAGGAACCCCUCCCAAGCAGCGCGGGUGCCAUCCGAGUUGGGGACAAAGUCCCCUACGACAUCUGCAGACCUGACCACUCAGUGCUGACCCUGCACCUGCCGGUGACGGCCUCGGUGAGAGAAGUGAUGGCAGCUUUGGCCCAUGAGGACCACUGGACCAAGGGACAGGUGUUGGUGAAGGUCAAUUCUGCCGGUGAUGUCGUUGGCUUGCAGCCAGAUGCCCGUGGUGUGGCCACAUCCCUGGGGCUCAACGAGCGGCUCUUUGUUGUCGACCCACAGGAAGUGCAUGAGCUGACCCCACACCCUGAGCAGCUGGGCCCCACUCUGGGUUCUUCUGAGAUGCUGGACCUAGUGAGCGCCAAGGACCUGGCAGGCCAGCUGACCGACCAUGACUGGAACCUCUUCAACAGGAUCCACCAGGUGGAGCUGAUCCAUUAUGUACUGGGCCCCCAGCACCUGCGGGAUGUCACCACCGCGAACCUGGAGCGCUUCAUGCGCCGCUUCAACGAGCUGCAGUACUGGGUGGCCACAGAGCUCUGUCUCUGCCCUGUUCCUGGCUCCCGGGCUCAGCUACUCAGGAAGUUCAUCAAGCUGGCAGCCCACCUCAAGGAGCAGAAGAACCUCAACUCUUUCUUUGCGGUCAUGUUUGGCCUCAGCAACUCGGCCAUCAGCCGGCUGGCCCACACCUGGGAGCGCCUGCCCCAUAAAGUACGGAAGCUGUACUCAGCCCUGGAAAGGUUGCUGGACCCUUCCUGGAACCACCGAGUGUACCGAUUGGCUCUCACCAAGCUCUCCCCUCCUGUCAUCCCCUUCAUGCCCCUGCUGCUCAAAGACGUGACCUUCAUCCAUGAGGGGAACCACACACUGGUAGAGAACCUCAUCAACUUUGAGAAGAUGCGGAUGAUGGCCAGAGCGGUGCGGAUGCUUCACCACUGCCGAAGUCACAGUACCGCGCCUCUAUCACCACUCAGAAGCCGAGUGUCCCACAUCCACGAGGACAGCCAGGGAUCAAGGAUCUCCACGUGUUCUGAGCAGUCCCUGAGCACCCGGAGUCCAGCCAGCACCUGGGCUUAUGUCCAGCAGCUGAAGGUCAUUGACAACCAGCGGGAACUGUCCCGCCUCUCCCGGGAGCUGGAACCAUGAGGAAGGACUGGCUGGAGCAGGCACUCUCUCCGAGGAAGCCAGAGCCUGUGCAACCAAGAGGUCCAGAGGCCAGCCACAGCUGGGCAGGGCUCUCCACAGAGCGGACUCAAGGCCCUGGAGUGGGCAGUGUCGGGGCAGUUGUCCCUGUGAUGACUGUCAGCUAUGGAGAUCUUUGUUCACGGCCAAGGAAAGGGGGGACAUUGAGGCCAUGCCGUGGGUAGGAGAGCUGGGAGGUACAGGACUCUGGAUCAGUAGAGAGCCCUCCCACCGGGCCUUCUGCGCAUCUGCACGUCUGUACAUCUGCAUGUUUGCAAGUCUGUACGACUGUACGUGCAGCUGUACCAUCCAGUGGUCGCCAGGCCUCGUGCUUGUUUUCACUGGGGCCAGUGAGCUCACAUCUGCACAGUUUGUGUGUGUGUGUGUGUGUGUGUGUGUGUGUGUGAGAGAGCCCUGGGUGGGGCCUUGCCUGGGAGAGGGUGGAGAGUUCUGCUUUUCUCUCCACACAUCUGAGAUAAACAGCUGGGUGUAGGCAGGGCUGUUGCCUAGAGCGGUGGUCUCAGAGGAGUUGUAUUGUUUCCAUAAAUUAACAAAGAUACGUGUGUGUUCUACCGCCUGGGUGUGUGGCUGGGAAAGCUGGUGGAGGAGGUUGCUCCCUGGGUACAGAAAAGCAGACACCCACCAUCUAUCUCGGGCUGGGCUCCAGGGAGGCUAGCGGUUGCUCAGAUGGGCUCCAGUGUUGUCCCAGGCACUUGGGGGACCCUCAGCUCUCUGAAAAAACAAAAGAAAAAAAAAACCAUAUAUAUAUAUAUAUAUAUAUAUAUAUAUAUAUAUAUAUAUAUAUAUAUACACACACACACAUACACAGAGACGGAGAGAGACACUAUGAGAGUCCAGCUGCAGCUAACAUCCUCUAUUUUCCCCUCCCAGCAGAUAGCUCCUGAUCCUGUUAGGUGUCAGAUGCUGAGCAGGGGCCUCAAGGGGGUGAGAGAAGAGACUAGACAGAAGACUGGGAGGCCUAACCAAUUUCUUCACCUUGGCGAUGAGUGUCCUGCCCCCCCAACGCCCCCCCCCCCCAUCCCACAUGGGCUGUGGAGGUUAAGGCCCUCUUUUCCCGGCCUCUUCAGUCCCUGCCUGGACACAGAUCCAGGCCUAGAACCUCCACAGAGGACUGCUGCCCUCUCUACUCUCCGUGCUGGGAGCCUGGCAGCUCUAGACGCAUCUGAUCUGAAAGCUCCCAGCCUCUAGGAUGACCCUGUGUAAACUCCAGGCAGCAGGACUCUCAGGUGUCUGAGGAGGUCUGCUCACAGCAGCGGGCCGGAGGCAGCUGGGGCAGCCCUGUUCUUGUCCUACGGGUGCAGUGGCAAGGCUCAGACUUGACACACUCCUCCCCCCCUGGCCUCCACACUGCCAGACACUUCACUCUGACGUCAUGUCAGCGGGCUCCCAGGAGAGAUCCAAGCUGUUGGCAAGGACUUUACACCUCAGGUCUAAUGAACCCAGGUGUACCAAUGGUCUUUCUUGGCCUUCGUUUGUCCAUCUGUAAUAUGGGUAUGAUAUCUGGUCGUUAAGUGACAAACAAGACAGCAGGUGUUGCCUUUCCCAGAGUGACUGUCCCAGUCCUGUGUGUGUGGCCCCGGAGGACAAGCUGCAUCUCCCAGAGUAGAGUCUGACACAGCUCUCGGGAUGGAUUGACUGCCAGGGAUGACCAAACCAGUUCCCUCGCCCGUGGGCAGGGAGGGAAGAUCUGAUGGAAGAGACCAAAGCUGAGCAAUCAUGAAAUCAGGCCUAAGCAUCCGUGAGUCAGGAAAGAGUCCCUGGAGCAUUCUUGUCCUCCCAGCCAUUGUCAGUGUGGCAGUGGAGACCAUGCCUGUCAGUCUCAGCUCUGCUCCCAUCAUGGACUCGGGUGAAACCAGCCCAGCGAUGAGACAGACGUUGUCCUCUCCUCGCUGGACACACCUACCUUCUGAUCAGAAGUCUGGGCUCCUUGUGGGUCUUCCAGCUUAGACAAGCUGCAGCUUCCUAGCCAUUCUACCCCAGGCUGGACCUCUUUGAGCCUGAUGGGAAAGACAGAAGAACUCUCUGGACAGGCAGGGAGCACAGACUUGGGGAGUGGAUGUCCGAGCCAGGUCACCGCUGGAAGACAGGAGGCUCAGAGUACAGAGUCCUCGUGGCAGCAGGCUCCUGGUGUUCAGGCAGAGGGUGGGGAACCUGCUCCUGCUCCCUAGAAGCCCAGGGUGCGUAUGGGUGGGUGGUGGUGGAGACCAAGAUCACAGGUCUGCUGAGACAAGGGAGAAAGCCCUAGAGCUAGCCUUUGAAAAACCUGUCACCUAAAGAGGUAGAGCAUAGGCGUGUGAGUGUGUGUGGACAAGAGCUGAGCAACCAUGUAUCCAGGCCCAAGUGUGUGUGUGACUGUGCGUGUGUCUCUGCGUUUGUGUGUAUAUGUGUGUCUGUGCAUGCUUGUGUGCCUCUGUGUGUGUGUGUUAUGGAUAUAUGUGUGUGUCUGUAUGUAUGUGUAGGUCUGUGUCUGUGUAUGUCUCUGUGUGUGUGUAUGUGUGUCUGUGCAUCUGUGUGUUUUGUGUAUGUGUGUGUGUGUGUGUGUGUGUAGGUCUGUGUCUGUGUAUGUCUCUGUGUGUAUGUGUGUCUGUGCAUCUGUGUGUUUUGUGUAUGUGUGUGUGUGUGUGUGUGUGUAUGUCUUUGUGUAUGUGUGUGUAUGUCUCUGUGUUUGUGUGUUUGUGUCUGUGUGUGUCUGUGUGUCUGCAUGUGUGUCUAGUGAGGAGAAGCAGAACGGAAGGAAGUUUCAUUGCACCGGUCUGUGACCCUCCCCUUUCCCUUAUGGUCCCUGUAAGGGUUAUAGCCACAGGCUGAGCUGGGCUAGGACUUCGCUAGGGGAGGUUUUCCUCUAGCAGCGCACAAUGCCUGGUGAGGGGUAGAUAGGUUGGAGCCAGCCCUCUCCUGUCCUCUAAGCCAUUCUGCCCACCAUAGGAGGAUUAGCACAAAAGUGUGACCCAGCUCAGCUGGGAGGGAGCAGGCUGCUUUCACAGGCUUCUUAGCUCUCUGUCCCCAACAGCCCUGAAACAGAGACCACUCUGCUUCCCAGGUGGCAAAAAUGAGACAUUCUGACGUGGCUGCUAUUCAUGAGAUUUGUCAGGAUAAUAAUCAUCUGAGAAUUGAAUGGUGCCUCUGCUCUCUGUUCAGCGGGCUUUCCCCUCUACCGCCAUAUUUUUAUCUGAUGACAGAAUAGGAGCUCAGGCUAUUUUUACCUUGUUUCACAGUCAGAGGAACCGAGCUACAGAGAUUUGCCUAAGGUCACCUAACGGCUUAAUGACAGGGUGGCCUGGUGAAGUGACUGCGUAAGUGUCAGCCAUGUCCCUGGCAGGCCCAGUGCCACCUCAUUGGAUGUCACUUUCUUCUCCAGCAGCAAUAGUCCAGGCGUGGAGUCCUUUCUUCUAGCAUAGCAUCUGAUUUCCAAACAUGAAGGGAGGGUUCUGUGGAUGAGAUCAGCUGCCCUGACCUUCCUGGAUCGAUUCCCUCAAGCCCAUCAGAAGAGGACGGUCUGAGAGGUCGCGUUGCAUUCAGAGAGUAGUUAGUAAAAGCCUCUGGCUGCCAAUCUCACCUCUUGCCAGAAGACCCGAGGCCCAGAACUGCUCUCACACUGAAACGCAUGCUCACAGGACUCCUCGGGCCUCAGCUUGCAGAGCCUCGCCUCUUGUUGAGGGCGCUUCUGCUACACCACAGGUGUGAACUGCCUGAGUUUCAGGCGGGUAUGGUUGCCAGUGGCUGGAGCCAACUCUGAUGUUGCACUUCAUAAUCCAUCCCUUCCACGUGUCCAUAGACACAAAAAUUGGUCACCUUAUGUGUCUGCUAGAGCCCCGGGCUUGUUCACCUGGGCCUGUCUACUUAUCCCCGUUGAUUAGGGGGAUUCCUCUAUCAGAUCGGAGAGCUGUAGUCCUCCCAUAGCCUAACUGGGGCACCUCAGGACGAAGGGCUUACAGCCCAGGCAGGGAGUUGUGUCCCUCCUGCUGGUGAUAAAUGGACUAUGCUGUGAAGCCACACUGACUUAGCUGCUCAGGAACAUUUUCUCUUCCAGGCCGGAGGGGACAUCCCAGAACAUGGAUAGGGUAGGAGGGGUGGAUGGAACACUGAGGGAGGAGCUUUGAACCCCCACCAGCACCUUUGGAAGCAGGGAGAAAGCUUGAACUCCAAGUGCUGGGAGCUGUGGGUUCUGGUGGCUGUGUGGAUGGCGGCUGGCCACCGUGACCCUCAGGACAGUGAGUGAAAGACAGUAUACAAAAGGGAGCAUGGCUCCUGAUCGAGCAUGCAAGGGCACUGAGUGGCAGUUUUUAUCCCCACAUGGGGAUAGAUAAACUGUACCUGCUUCUAAGAGGCCAGAGCUCACCCUCACAUCUGAUCGGCUAACUUAAAAGUGACCCAGUUGAUAAGCAAAGCGUUCUUGUCCCCUGCAAAGAGCUUGACAUCUUUGCUACUUCUUAAGUAACGUCUGCCUCUAUGGAUGCAUGGGUGGGUGACUGGGUUGCCUAGAGAAAGCGGAAUGUAGAUGGAGAACCUAAGAACACUAACGAACAUUUCUAGGGUUUCCUUAAAGGGGACAAACCAUCCGUCCUAGGCAAUAGCAGUAGAGGGUGCUUGGGGCAAAGCCCAGGGUGUUGCCUGGAGAAAUGGAGUGUUUCAGCAGCUCUGGGGCAUCCCAGGAUUUCUCAGAGGGCAAAGCAGAGCUAGGUCUCAUUCAGGUCUGCCAGGAAGUCCUAAGAUGUGCCUGCCCCGGCGUCCUGCAAGGAGAGCCCUUGGGUUGGAAGGCUCCCUGAGUGCCUGCCUCUUCUCUUGGGUCUUCACACCAAGCAGCUGCAGGUGACUGCAGCUUGUGAGCCACCGCAGUAUUAGGAACGCUGACUUCCCACAGAGCAGGCGAAGGCUGCAGGCUGCACCUCAGAAACCAGGCUCCAGCAGUGAGGUAGACAGUGCGACUCGCUGGAGGACCUCUGGACGGAAACCAAAUUUUACGUUUAAAUUUACAUUUAUUUUUAAGACAUGCUUUGUGUCUCUAUUUUAAACCAGUCCCUGUCUUUUUUCUCUCCCCCCCCCCCACAGCCCACACACACACAAGGGGCUUUCCCUAGUCAUCCUAUUUAAAUUGAGCCUCUUCCCACUUGAGAGAAAGUCUCAUGUACUCUAGGCUGGCCUUGAGCUUGAUCUGUAGCUAAGGAUCGUUUUAAACGUUCUUUUAAAGACAGAUUUAUGUGUGCAUUGGUGUGCUUAUUACUUGUAUAUGUGCACACUCGUGUGAGUUUAUGUGCACAGAGGAGCUCAUGGAGGUCAAAGAGAGCAUAAAAUCCCCUGGAAUUGGAGUGAGUUACAGGCAGCUGUGAGUCGCCAUUGGGUGCCAGCAAUCAAGACCAGGACCUCUGCAAGAUCAGUGAGCACUCUUUUUUUUUUAAAUUAAUUUCCCUUAAUGUACAUUAGUUAUACAUAACAAUUGGAUUCAUUAUGGCAUUUCAUUCAUGUAUAUAAAAUGUAUUUCUAUUUUA